GACCCAAAAAAGGUAGUACAGUACAACUUUCUUCCUUCCAUUUCCCAUUCCCAAGGUCUACUGCAUCAUUAAAUCUUGUACGGCCAUGAUGGAAACGUGUCAUCCAUUCAUUGGCUAUCACUCAAAUCAUUCUUAGCGGGGUUUUUUUUCUUCUUUUAUCAGACCACCUCUCCCUACCAGGGGCCUUCUCCCUUGUACUGCUAGCUACUCUAACUCCACCCUUCUCCUUCUCUCUCUCUCUAUCACACACCUCAUUCCGUGUAUCUGUGUGUGUUUCUGGGACUCAACUGAAAAGGGUUUCUUGAAUUUUGCCACCCCAAACAAGAUCAGGGUCUUUAAUUGUCUGCCAAGAAUGGUGGCAAAGGCUGAGAAAACUGGUGGUGGAGAGGCGGCCGCGGCUGUUGAGUCGGUGGAUGUGGCAGCGUCAAACCAUCAAUCACGUCGGAGAAGAAGCUACAAGAAACCAUCAUGGCUUCUCUGCGCCAUUGCUGAUAUGGAUGAGAGGAUGAAGAUGCUGACGAGGAAGAUACCUAAAGAACACAGUGGUGACAGUUUUGCUGCAAGGGCCAAUUCUUACUACCACGAGCGCCCUCAGCUGCUGGGAUUACUCCAUGAUUUGUAUAACGGUUACCUCUCUUUGGCAGACCGUUACUGCCAGGCACUUGCCAAGAGCAACCAGCACCAAAAUCCCAGCUACAGCAGAUGCUGUUCCCCAAUUCCAAUCUUGAACUUCGAUGAAACCAGUCAGCUUGAUGAAGGAGACACUGGUGAAGUUAUUGACUCUGAUGCUGAGAGUUCACUGUCUUUCCAGCCCCCGACUCCAGCUUCCUUGCAAGCUAAAGAGAUGGAUCCUGAUAUGGUCAUUGCAGAGUUGGUUAUGAAGACGGUAGAGUAUGAUAUUAUUUUGAAUGAGCUUACUGUGGUGGAGAAGCGGUGGGGUGAGUCAUCAAGGAAAAUGGAGCUGCAAAAGAACUUGCUGGAUGUGCUGGAGUCAGAGAGGUUGAUUCUGCUGAAUGACAAUGCGACUUUGGGGUACAGAGUGACAGCAUUGGUGGAGGAGAACAAAGGGCUGGCAUCUGAAUCGUUGUUCUUGAAGAGGAAGGCUGCUGAACUUGCGAGGUGUGUGCUGAAGACAAGGGAGGAUCACAGGGUUUGCAUGCUGAGUAGGAAAAUUCAGGAUCUUCAGGGACAGAUUUACAGCUUGGAGAAGAGGAACAAGGAGUAUUAUGAGCAACUUGUGAAACAAGAAGAGAAGAACAAGUCUAAGGUGAGGAAGAGUAAAGGUGGAGAAGAGGUGAAUUUGGAAGACUGCUUUGAACCAGGAGGUGGCGCUGCCAGUCUGCGUAAAUGCUUUAGCUUCAAUGUGAAAAGGGUUGGUGAUCAGAAUGCAAAUAGUGGGAUUGAAGAAGGUAGAAGGGUUUCUAAGUUGUGGGAUAAGGUCAAGAAGUUGGAUGUGUUCCUCUGUGGCCCUCACUCCAAUCCUGCUAGAUCCUGAGGGGGGGAAAAGACCCUAUCCAAACAAUUUGAAGAUGAAAACAAUCAUAGUAUUUGCUGAUUUAUAUCAAAAUAUGUAAUAUUAGCAAUAUCUGCUCGAAAUCUGAUAUUAAUACAUGCAGAAAUGAAGUCACAUCCUUACUGGCCUUAA